UCAAAUGGUUAAAUCUUGUAAAUCCAUUAAAGCCUGGGCCUUUAGAGAAUUAAAAGCAGUAAAAUAAUUCAGGAAUUACCGAUCAUGCAGUUUAGUUCUUUGUAAUGCUGCUUUGGAUCAGUUUAUUCUCAAAUGUAAUAUGGGUUAACUAAUGGGCGCUAAAACAAUAUAUUAUUAUCAAUAUAUUUGAUCAAUAAUGAGUCUUUUUUAUUUUGAACUAGUAGUCGUGCGCUCGUCUGUUGAUUGACAGGUCUGUCGUAUUUGAUGUAAGCAUAAGCCACACCCUCAUAAGCAUAAGCACAUUUAUUUCCUCAUCUUAAUUUCCUCGUUGGUUCUAGUCUGAUUCAGGACUGCUUUGCAAUGGUGCAUAUAAUAAUUUCAGCACUGUUGAUCUGCGGCACGGGUUUUCUCACAGCUAAAGCAUCUCAGUCAACCAAUAUUACAGCUCAGCCAGGAGAUGAUGUGACUAUUUGGUGUAAACAUACCUCAGAUAUUGGAAAUUACAUAUACUGGUUCAAGCAAAAAAACUGUGCUGUACCUCUAAGCAUUGUCUACAUGAUGUUAACAUACAACCUUAGUCAUGUAAAAGCAACAUAUUUAAAUGGAUUUCGACCAGACCAUCUUGUGAUGUCUCUAAACAGCAAAAACACAUCCCUAAAAAUUUUAAAUGUGGCUGGUUCUGAUUCUGGUCUGUACUACUGUGGUUGGCAAAUGUGGAAGAUGACUUUUGGGGAUGGAACACAGCUAGAGAUUAAAGAGAGGAGAGAUACACCACUUCAAACUACAACAGAAAAUACAAAUAAAGAUCUGAACAAAAGCCCGAUUUCUACUAGAGACUGUUCUGAAAGCAUCUUUUAUAAGCUGACCUUUAUUUUUGGAGGCAUUAUUGUUAUUCUCAUCAUCAUUCCACUCAUCAUGCUCUUCAUAAAGAUUCAGGACAGAAAUACGCAGGAAAAAGAUUCCGUUUUUGUUGCCGCAGAUGUUGAUUGCCAUGAAACAAACCAUCAUGAGGAGCCUCAUCCAACAGUGUACGCCGCUCUAAAAUUCUCAAAACACAACUACAGAAGAUCAGCUAGAAAAUCAGAGCAUGAAGAUGUUGUGUAUUCUGCUAAAUAGUCCAACAAUGGCACAUAGUCAAAUAGAGUAGCUUACUGUAAUGUUUCAAAGCCAUAUGUUCAUCAAGACUCUAAUAUUUAUACCAUAUUGCUAAUGCCAUACAUCUAAAGCGCAUGUGAGCUCUGCAAUGUUUAGUAUUUUCAAUGAAAUAAAAGUUGCAAAAAUCAAAUGCA